ACUCUACAAAAAAACAUAUAAGGUCUCUCCUUGGAGUCAGUGCCAGUGGACUCCGCCGCUCUCACACGACUGACUUGUCGGAGCGAAGCAAGCAAACGGAAAAUGCAGAGUAGCAUAGCAGCAGCAGAAACAGUUGGUCACAACGAAGACCUCCUCAAACAGCUUCUCCUGCGCUUACCAGCUAAAUCACUCAUCCGCUUCAAAUGCGUCUCUAAGCUUUGGCUCUCUCUCAUCUCCAGUCCCAAAUUCUGCGACUCCCACACCCUCCGAAACCCAAUCCUUAAAUUCCCCUCCGCCUUCUUCUUGAGCAGAACCGCCACAACAGACCCCCAAUUCAUCUCCCUCCUUCCAAGCACCAAUCCAAACCCAUCCAAGCCUCUCAAUUUCAUCCCCGACCCACAAGGCCUCCAGAUUCUUCAGUCCUGCAAUGGCUUGCUCUUGUGUUGUUCCUCCACAGAUAAAUUCACAAUCUCCAGACAAUUCAAAUUCUAUGUUGUCAAUCCCACAACUAGCCGAUUCUCGGAAAUAGCUCUUCCACCUCCCUCUCCUACUAAACCCGAACCCGCAAGGCUCUUGAGUGUUGCUUUGGCUUUUGAUCCUUCCAAAUCGCUUCAUUAUAAGCUGGUUUGCGUUUCGGGCUCGGGUACCAUUCCUUCAUUGCAUCUGGAGAUUGAGAUUGAGAUAUAUUCGUCUCAUACUCGAACCUGGAGGGCUGGUGAGUCUACUCAUAUGUGGUUUCCAUCAAUUGGUAAGUUCCUACCCGGUGUAUACUGCAAUGGGAGGAUUCAUUGGCUCAGCACGUUUUGUUGGUUGGUUUACUAUGACAUAGAUGAAGAGCAUUAUGGAGUGGUGGAUGAGCUGGGUGCUCCCGGUUUUUCGGUGGAGAAGGAAUGCAUGUGUUUUGGGGAGUCUGGUGGCCGUUUGCAUCUUAUUGAAAUGUAUGGGAGUGGCCUAAACAAGCUUCGUGUGCUGGAGAUGGGGAAGGACUACUCUGGCUGGUUUGUCAAGUACCGGGUUGAUCUUAAUCUCAUGACUCCCGCCUUUCCUUAUACUCCUGCUGCAUCCUGUCGUCCAUUUUUCUUUCUUGAUGCGGAGGAAAACGAGGAACAGAAUCCAGUUCUUGUGCUGCGCAUGGGUUAUAAGUUCAUCUCCUAUGACAUCAGGGAUAAGAGCUGUAAGACACUCUGUGAUUUGUUCAUACCUUCGCUGGUUGGAUGGAGAGAUGCCUAUCAAUAUAUGGAGACUUUGGCUUGUGUGUAAAUGGUCCUUAUAUAUGAUCUAUGCGAUGUAACAAAUUCAGCUGCCUCCUUGGUUCUUAUGCUUAAAGUGCUAGUUCAAAUUGUUUGGGGGAUAUGAGGAACCUUCUGCCAGUAAGUAAUAAGCCUUAUGCGAUCUCCAUUUCUGUUGAAAAGUUACAUAUUGCUAGGCGCUAUCUUAUGUUUUAGUCUAUAAGUAUGCCUACGGUAGCUUUCCUUUGUUACGUUGGAUUACAAGUUGAUGCCAUUUUAAAAUUUCAAGUUGUGGUAAAGAAAAAUUAGUUCUUAUCUUCUCCUUGUACAAGCUAUAGCCAGUAAUAACUGCGCCAGGUAAAUAAUGUGCUUAUUAGUCCCAAAACUGACUUGGUAUGCUGAUGCCCUUUUGGCCACGUAGCUUCAUAUUGAUUUGGGGAUUGUAAUUUUACUGAUUAUUGUCAUGAAAUGCCUGUGUGGCAAUCGAAGCCCCGAAAGCAGCAAGAGGCCAAAAUCAGUAACGAGGAUAAUGUCUUCUCCUGUGUCGGAGAUGGGCCGGAUUGGUUCAAGGAGAUGAUUUUCUUAAUUUCAAUGAACUGUUAAUUUCAAUGAACGGUUUUCUUAUUUGAUCAA